GAACUCGUUAGUGAAAGAUUCAUUAAAUAAUCAAUUUCUAUAGAAAAAUGUAACAAGUCAGUAACAAAUAAUACACUCAUUUAUUUGCAUAUCAACCCUAGGGAAUCAUGUUACUUUUCCCCUACUAAUUAUUUCGGAAUGUGGUACCAAGUUAGCAGGGGUUGAGAAUAAUAAACGCUAGGCGUGUCGGCGUCUGUUUUUUAAUACUUUGACGGAGGUCUGCGUUAAAAACAGUUAAAAAAGGAAUUCUGUUACGGUACAUUAAUGGUACAAGAUCUGAAUAAAAAAUAUACAUAUUCUUUAUCUUAAAAUGUGGAUGCAGCGACUAAUCUCGAGCUCGAAGAAUGCUGCACAAUAUUCAUGUUGCACCACUUUAUAGCUUGACAAAAUAUCAAUUUUACGACUGAUACAUUUUACGUACAUGUGCUUGGUGUUCGAUUACGAGUGGAAGAGGGUAUGUUCUUAUGGGGUAACAGCAGGGCGGUAGCCUUUCCCGGGGAAUGGAGACGGAGAGCGUAAAAUCGGGGGCUAGCGAGCAUAGCCAUAGCCAUCAUAGCAGGACUUCUCAAAAACAUCAUCGAACACACAGUUCUAAGUCUCAUCAUAGGCAGCACUCUCACAGGAGUAAUAGGACAAGCCGUAGCCAGAAGAAAGAGAGGCACAAUUUAGAUUCUACAGAAAUGGCACCUUUUCAAACAACCGUCAAUGUAAGAGGAGAUAGUGUUGACAAUUUGGGUCAAGAAGUCAUAGAAGUACAAAUUUUGCCUCAGGAUGAAAAUUGGGGUGAAAAUACUACAGCUGUCACUGGGAAUACUUCUGAUAGAUCAGAGUCGACUGAAGAUGUCAGUCAUUGGCCAAAUGACAAUGAUGGCUCGUUUAGUUCCUGUAAUCGCUUUAUGGGACCCAUUAUAGCAAUUAUACUUGGGCUAAGCGCUUUCCUUAGUCCUAUAACUAUGGUCAUAUUGCCUAAACUAGGAUUUUUUCCUGACACCACGUCUGUUUUAACUAUGCAACAGAAACUGCAAUUGUUAUCUUGUAACGCUGAAUGUAAAGGCCAAUUGCUGGGCUUAGCCUUUAAAUUGGUGCUGUUAGGUAUUGGAAGUUGGGCUGUGUUUUUACGAUCAAGAAAUGCUACUAUGCCACGUAUAUUCUUAUUCAGAGCAGGAGUGUUGCUUCUUACUACAUUAUGCAUCUGUACUUACUGGUUAUUUUAUGUUGUUCAGGUUACUGAGAGUGCUAAGACUGUUGCUAAUGGAGAAAUAACAGAGUACAAAAACUUAGUAAAUUAUGCAGGUACUCUAGCGGAUACUCUACUGUUUAUACAUUACAUCGCAGUAUUGUUGAUUGAAAUUCGUCAUCAACAACCAAUGUUUUAUCUUAAAGUGGUAAGAUCACCAGAUGGUGAAUCAAGAUCUUAUGCAAUUGGUCAAUUAUCAAUACAACGAGCAGCGGUGUGGGUACUAGAAAGGUACUACACAGAAUUUCCUAUUUAUAAUCCAUACUUAGAAAGGCUUCCAGUAUCAAAAUCUGGUAGAAAACAAUCAAGCUUCAAAUUUUACGAAGUGGACGGUGGAGUAACCGGUAGUGUACAGUCGCGAGGAGGUAGCGGCGAUAGAACAGUUAUAUCAACUCAAACUCGUCGUAGAGACUCGAGUCAUAACGAACGUUUUUACGAAGAACAUGAUUACGAACGUAGAGUACGAAAACGUAGAGCUAGAUUAAUCACUGCCGCCGAGGAAGCCUUUGCGCAUAUUAAACGUUUACAUUCAGAAGUUGAGUCUAACCCGAAUCCUGGUCCUAUGGAUCCUAUGGAAGCUGCACAAGCAGUGUUUCCGUCGAUGGCAAGAGCUUUACAGAAAUACUUAAGGGUUACCCGACAACAACCACGUCAUUCUGUCGAGUCCAUUCUAAAUCGGUUGGCACGAUGUUUGGCCCAAGAUGCGGCUCCACGCGCAUUUUUGGAACCCUUCUUCGUAACCAGCCCCGUUCUUUCAAAUGAGAAGGAGAGACAAAAACGAUCGCAUCAUUGGGCCUUAGUUUGUGAGGGAGAAUUACCUUCGCGGCCUCUCGCCAACGGUUGCGAAUUUCAGUUGCGGCAAGGUGAAGUAGCUCUCUUAUGCACAGCAUAUCAUUUGCCACACUUUCAUCUCACAGAGCAGCUUGCACAUCCCAAAUCUAAUAAAUUCUUGCUAAGAUUAAACUCGGAAACGUCGGUUUAGUUACAUUACGGAGUAGAUUUCCUUUCGUUCAAAGAUAAUUUGCAAAAGUGUAUUUCUAGAACAAAACAUUAAAGUUGGAUAGUUUUCCAUUGUAUAUAAUUGACAAAUUUCGUACAGUACAUUGAGUACUGUAACAACUAUAGGAAGAAAUUGAUAUUGAAGUACGCAGAAUUAUACGUUUAAUAAUAGUGAAGUUCUUUUAAGCUAUAUUUUUCAAGAGAUAAAAAUUUCUAAAACGACGACAUAGUUCUCUCAUUAAGAAUCGCGAGAAGUGUUCAUAAUAACAUUCACACGUUUGUCUUACUGCAUCUGAUUGCAAAACAGAGGGACAAUAUACAUAAUAUUUUAUUUAUGAUUAGGAAGAAAAAUAGCUCAUGACGAAGACGCACACAUAUUUAUUUAUUUCAUUAUUUUACAUAUUACCACAUAUAUCUAUACAUUAGUAAAACAAGCUUGUUAUAUUUUGGGGUAGCUGUAACCGGGAGAUUGGAACCAAAAGUUCCGAUGGACAAAUAGCUUUUUUAACAGUUACUGUACAAUUAUCUUUUUGGAUAACAGGCGCAGAUGUUAAAAGCAUAAAUGCUUAUAUACAUAUCUGAUAUGUAUAAAAAAGAAAGAAGGGGACAUUCCUACAGUGCGUUUUUGUAGUAUGUGUACCUUUUUGCUCAUACAGAUGCUUUUUAAUGUGUAACAUAUUUUGACUUGCAGAUAUAAUUCUUUCCACGAUACAAAAAUUAUUAAAUCUUUUUAUGACAAAUUAUAUAUUUAAACCAUCAGGAACUCUGAGAUUAAAAUAUUUUAUUAUUUAAGAAUAUGGCUAGUUUUAAACUAUUUAUAUGUAUUAAUGAUAACUGGAAACUUUAUACCUAUUGCGAAAGUAUCUCGAAUACUUAAAGUAUUUCUACAGGUUUUAUAAACAGAUAAUAGAUAUAGACGAAGCUUGCAGUUGUGAUAAAGAAUACUCAAAUUUCAGAGCGAAAUAUUUUAAUGAAUGCACGGCCUUUCAUUUCACGAGAGAUAUAUAAUGGAAUGUGGAUCUACCUGUAUUGACUAAAAUAAAUCGAGAUAUCUGCAAUCGGCGUAAUUAAAUAUUCUGUAUGGUUACUUGUAUAUUGCAGCUAUGCUUCAAAAUUACUGUUGAUAUUAUUAUUUUAGUAUAUACGUAUGGUAGUCUUAAUACUUGAUUACUAUAAUCAAAUAUUGAUUUCUUUAUAGCCAAUAUAUUCAAUGCAUCUUUAACGCGUAUUAUCAUUUUUCAUUAUAACUUCAUAGAUUCAACUACGUUGUUAUGUAUGCUAAUUUUAAUUUCUUUUGUACAUCUUUUGUUUAACUUUUGUGUUCAAUUGUUAUUUCACAUUUUACUUUAGGAGGCUGAUGAUACGAUUUAUAAUAUUGUCUCUGAGACUGUACUUACUAAUUAAUUCGUGUACAGUAAAUUAUGAUACUUUAUAGUGUCAUGUUGAAAUAUGUAUAUAAAGUAUACAUACAUAUAUUAUAAAUGUAUAAUGAAAUGAGCAGUAUAAUAAUGAAACUUAUUGUUACACUGAAAAAGUUCUAACGUUAUAAUACUCUUAUGCGCAUUCCUAUUUAAUAUCUAAAUGAGGAUAUCGAGGAUUGAAAUAAUUUGAUAUAUGCGUAAAUUUAUACAUGCCUAAAAAUGUAUUCGGUGUAUCACCAUCAAAAGUGCUAAGAAUGCAUUACUUGCCUAUGCUCAUAAAUUAUGUUGUGUAAGAUUAUAGUACGUUUCAAAUCUUCAUAUUACGUCUAUAAAUAUUCCUUUUAAUUUUUACAAUUAUAUAGACAUUGCAAGUAGUUUUAUGGGACACAUCUGUUAUUUAUGUAUGAAGUAUGAUGAUAAACAAAACGUCCAUUCAUUGAAUGGAGUAUUAAGUAUUGCUUUCGGCUAUAAUACAUUAUUUUUCUUAGAUUGUACUAAGAUAUGUAUUACUUAGUCAUUUAAUUUUUGUAAGACAUUUGUAAAAAAAAAUGGAAAAUAGAAAAUGAUACGCACAAAAUGGAAUUCUAAUUCCAUGAAAUGUAAUAAAAAAAGGUAAAAAUAAAAUAAAAGAUUUUAUGAA